GAAGCCGGAGUGCCCGGAGAGAACCCACGCUGACACGGGGAGAACAUGCAAACUCCGCACAGAGGGGCUCCCACGCCCGGGAUCGAACCGGCAACCCUCUUGCUGUGAGGCGAGAGUGCUAACCACCACACCACCGUGCCGCCCCCUUAGCAGUUUGAUUUUCACAAAUAUUGAUCCUUUUGGAUGGGCUGACAUGGCAGAGAAAAGGCCAGCUAAGUUGCGAGUGAUUUUAAAUCCUGAUGACACCAGGAAGCUAAUUCUUCCUGGUGGAAUUCCAGAGACAGUGGAAGAGCUUAUCAAUCAAGUCAGGAAGAUGUGUGGAUUCAAUGGCAAUUUUCUACUGCAGUACCAAGACAGAGACUUUGGAGAUGCACUAGUGAACUUGACAUCUACUACUGAACUUGAAAAUUUGGCAACUAUCAAGGUCAUCCUAGUAACUGAUGAUAGCCCAGCCAUCCCUGUCUGUGAUAAGGUAGAAUCUACUCAAACAGAUGACACAGAGCUCCUGUCCUCACCCUCCAGCUCUGUCUCUACAAGAACCCAGAUGUGGCCAAGAGAGUUUCCGAUACCAACAUUCUCCUAUGACACUGAACUGCAGUUAGAAAAGGGAAAUUCAGUGUAUAGGUCAAACAAGAGACCAUUGACACCAAGUCCUAAAACAAUAUCAGAUAUUCUGAAAAACGUAGCUGAAGAGAUUUACAAGUACAAACUCUACCCAACAGAUGCUGACUUCAGUGACGUAGCCGAAGCACUAAUCAAGAAGCAUCCAUGCCUUUCUAAACCUGGUUCAUACAACGGUUGCUACGGAUGGAAAGGCCGGCUGAAGACAAAAAUGGGCAACUACCGAACUCAGCUAAAGGGCAUCAAAUGUGCUGAAUUACUUGCAAAUUCACUGAAGUCCAAAGCUCCGGAGGAUGCAUUGCCAGCAAAAAAAGUAAAGAGACCUAGGAGAGGAGAAGCCAACCACAUUCCUGACAUUCCAACUGGAGAGACUCCAGAUAAUUUGGAAGAUGACAGAAUGACACUUUUGAGUGAAGUGAGGAAGCGAAACAAUCGUGCAGUGAUAAAGAACAAAAUGGACAAGACCUUUUCACUGCGAAGACAAGAAAUUGUGGCAAAGGAAUCAGGAGUGGAAGAGGUGAAAGAGAGAUGGCCUGCAUUGUUCACAGUGGAUGAGAUCAAUGCUGAAUUUAUGAGGAUUACUACUGUUCCACUUCAACCGCAAUUCCUGGCUUCUUUGGACAAGCACCACAGCAAGCUGAUUGAGAUCAUCAGGAACAAGGGAGGAGCUGUCAGAGAGAAGACACGGGGUGUGCUGAAAGUUCUUGAUCAGAUCCUGGAUGUGAGCCUAAAGAGAGAGUGUCUGCUGAAGUGCCUCAUCUUGUACUUUGGGGAAGACGUACAAAAACUGAUCAAGGAGUUUCUGUUAAGAUAUUUUGCAGUUAAUCACUUCAGCUUCAGACAAGAUAGGACAUUGGCGCUCCCACCUCCCUCUCCUGUGUCUCCUCGUCAUUUCAUCAGAGCAGACUGCGAUGAAAACAGCGACAGAGGUGGCAUUGUACCGCAUCGCACCACCAAGUGUAGAAUAAGUUUGUGUUUUAUAAGAAAGAUGAGAAAGAGGAGAAACAGAGUACAGAGCCACGAGUUUGACCCACAGAGACGUCAUGUGACUGUUGCUGAGAAGGAUGACGCCAAAAGAGAGCUUCAGCAGUGCACAAUGGCGGUGUUUGUCAUCAGCGAGGAAGAGGAUCCGUUAAAGCCACCAUGUGACAUAGGCAUCAUUAUUGAAGGUGUGAAGGUGCUUAAUGAGCUGCCAUCAGUUGCACAUGGAUGUGCCCUCUUAUUUGGCCUCAUCUAUGCUCUAAACUUGAGCUAUCCAGGUGAGCUCAAACACACUUUCGAUGCGCUGCAGAAAAUAUUCAUGGAGAUUGAACCAAAGAGAAUGACACGCAGAGUGUGCAGUCUGAGUGUCAAGCUCUAAAUAUGGGGUUGCUCAAAGAAAGACAUUUGGAUACAACAUGUUGUUCUGUUUUAUUGCUUGUAUUCAAAUACAUUCCAGGAUAAUGUAAGGGGUCAUUGGUCAUACGAUUUAAUUUGUGAUUUUCUGUGUUAACAGAAUUCUUUCUGUUGUAUAAAUACUGUGGCACAUAUAUCAGCAUUGAAAUGUGAAUAAUGCUAAAUUCAGUAAGCAGUGUAAGAGCACUAGUGGUUUUGUUUUUUUCCUUGAACUGCCUUUAUUCAUAAUUGCACUCACAGCAGCUGUGUUUUUCCUUGCUUUAUUUUUUGGGGUCCCCUGCAUUUGUAAUGGUUCAAAAAUAAUGAUAUUCCUACAUUUAUAUCAUUUUGUCAAAUGAUAGCAAAGAGUUAACACUGUUUCUAUUUUUAUACUGUUUUAUUACUGUUACUGUUUUAUAAUGCUGUUACUUUGGAUCUCUGAAGUUUUAAAGAAGAGGUGAACAAACCAGUUUUACAUGUUAAGAUGUGUAAGUUGAGGUGUUUACAGUUUCAUUAGGUGUAAAAAAAAAAACAUGAUGAAAAGACCACAUUUUAUUUAAUUUUACAUGAAAGUUUUUUUUCCUAAGUGUUGUUGUGUAAAACACACACUGGCCUGUUGUACUGGUAACAACAUUGACAUAGUUUUAUUAAGUUUUUGAUGGGUUUUUUAUUAUUAUUUUGAAAGGUGAUGCAAUUUUCAGAAUCAUCAAAAAUAAAUGGUCUUUUGAAGAGAAUUUUCCUGUUUUUAGUUUUAUCUGCAGUGAAUCGGUUCAGUGAAUUCUAGUUUUAUAUUAUAGGGAAUUUAGCUUUUGUUUGUGGUAAAAAUUUAAGUUGUAAAAAGUAAAAAAAAACAUCAUUAUUUGACCUACUUGACCUACAUUAAGUAACACUUUGGCUUGGGACUAAAUAUAAUGCAUUGAUUAAGGUAUAAUUAAAAUUAUACUUUGUACUGAAUCAGAAAUUUAACUUGAGAAAAAUUUAAAAAAAAAAAUGCAUGUAACAAAAUUACAGCAAUUCAAUUAGUUUAUACCAAAGUAAAAUCUAUAUGUAA